AUGCUCGCAAUAGGCGAUGAAGACGGAUACAUCCACCUACAAGACUCCGAAGGUGACUUCUCCAAACCCCAUGUGUCAUGGAAAGCCCACUCCAACGCCAUCAUGGACGUGCAGUUCUCCUCAGACGACCUACACCUCGCCGCCGGUUCUGGAGAUCAGACUGCACAGAUUGUCGAUGUUCGCACGCAACAGACUCUUGCUGUGCUGGCGAAACAUAAGUCAUCAGUAAAGCAAGUUCGCUUCCAGCCCGGCGACGACAAGAUGGUAGCGACUUCAAGUCGAGACGGUGCGGUACAGAUUUGGGAUCUCCGGUGCAAGGGCAACCAAGGCUCAAUACACUCAGCUUGGGGCUCCGAUGCGCCAUAUGCAAGUGUUGUACGCACGCUGGCCUCAGCGCACGCGGAUAUUACUCUCCCGACAUCCACAUCGUCGGCCACCCGAUCACUCUCCAACAGCAAAACCGAAAACAUUAGCCGACGGAACGACAUUUCGGUGACAGCGCUCUCGUUCAUGCCCGCAGGCCGCGAACAUCUACUCCUGACCGCGUCAGACGCAUCGACAUGCGUUAAACUCUGGGACAUCAGAGGCCGAUACUCCCUGCGAGGGCCAGCCAUCCCCAUCGCAACCACCCGCCAUCCCGAAUCCCACAACCGCCACCGACACUUUGCUAUCAACUCCUUGACUCUUAGCGGCGAUGCAUCACGACUAUACGCCCUCAGCAAAGACAACACUGUCUACGCCUACUCGACAAGCCACCUCAUCCUCGGCGUAGCACCAGAGCUAUCCACAACUUCCUCCUCAAAACAAAAAUACUGCGGUGUGGGCCAAGAAGGCCUAGGACCCAUCUACGGUUUCCGGCACCAGAACUUCCAUGCCGGCUCCUUCUACGUCAAGGCAUCCUUACGCAAAGCAUGCGAAGACCGCACCGAGAUGCUCGCAGUAGGCAGCACAGACGGCUGCCCCGUGUUGUUCCCCACCGACGAAAACUUCCUCAAACGCGAAACAAGACACGACGACGACGCAGAUGACCUACCUGAUAUUACUGGCAUUGCCGCGAAAUCCGCACGACCCACGCUUUCCCGCACAUCAACAAACAGCCGUUGCCCAGACACCAUCCCCAUCUACGAACACGGCACAGCUCUCAUACGAGGACACGAUGCGGAAGUCACGAGCGUAUCAUGGGCGCGUAACGGCAGCUUGAUCAGUGUGAGCGACGACUUCCGCGUCCGACGAUGGAAAGAAGGGAGCCAAGCUAGAGACCUCCGUAUGGGUGGUGAAAGUGAGGGAAGGAGAUGGCAGUGCGGAUGGGCCGCUGUAGGAGAUGGAUACGACGAUGACGAGUAG